GACCUCUACGGAUCAAACAUUCAGGCAAGAAGACAUUUACCACGGCACUGUUUUCCUAGUUACAAUCAGCCUUGAAUGUGUUAAGCAGGUAUGGCAGACCAAGAAGUGUUUAAACACAGUUCAAAAAGGGGGGCUGCUAAAUUCCAGUCCCUGAAAAGUGAUUGUGAGUCGAGCGCCUGCCUUCAUCAACCUGAAGGCCACCUGGCAGGCGAUGCAGCAGUCUACGGGAGCCCUGAGGGUGAGAGGGAAGAUGCUGAUGUUGCUGCAGAUGAUAGUGCACAAGAUGAUUUGCUUUUUGAAGCAUACAUACCACAAAGGGAGACGUCUUCCAUCCUUAACCUCAGAGAUGAAGCAGAUGUGCUGUUGGAGUAUGAGGAUGAAGACUUUGAUGGUGAUGCAGCUGUCCCCUCUCUUCGUGGGAUGUCACCUCCUGAAAGCAUACUCUCAGAUGAAGAGCUCUCAGUGGACCAGAUCAAGGACCUCAACAAUCCAGAUGAAAGAGUCGAGACUGAAGUUUGGCAAUUUGACUGGCACAAGAAUCACAUGGCAGCUUUAAGCAAUGAGAAGUUUGACAGCCUCCUGAAAAUGUAUUCAAAUUUUUCUGUCUGUAAAAGCCACAUGGCAACAUUUGUCUUGAUAAGAGAGGUGCUGGAUACAGCAGGUCGUCCAUGUGAGCAUUACAAAGUGGUGGCUGUGGGAGCUGGCCAUUCAAGCUGCAGCAAGUGGCUUUGCUACAAUGGGAUGAUGGUUCAUGACUGUCAUGCCAUCAUCAUCGCCAGAAGGGCUCUCUUGAGGUUUCUUUACAAACAGCUUUUGCUGUUUUUGGAUGCUGAUCCAACGUCUAAGGAGAACAGUAUUUUUGAGAACAGUCCAGAAAACCAUCAACUGCAGCUCAAACCCAAAAUCAGCCUGCAUCUCUACACCAAUCAGUGCCCUGAAGGAGCUGCGAAGGAUUUCUACUUCAAGGAUUCAACAGAUGAGAUUUGGACCACGAUGAAGCUGCAGUAUCAUGCCAAGGGCCUGCUUGUUCCUGUAGCGUACCUUGAGCCGAGUUUGUGGGGUGCCAGAGUGUGCUGCGUGUCCGGGAGUGACAAGUUGUGUCGUUGGACUGUCACUGGAGUUCAGGGUGCAUUACUGAGUCACUUCAUUCAGCCCCUUUACAUCACCAGCAUAGUGCUAGGAGGUCAGAAGAUUUCGAACGAGGAAGUGUCUGACAUCACCAACAAGCGACUUGGAGAUGGAUGGGAGGGAAUCCUGCCUCCGUCAUACAAGAAACACAACAUCAUCUUUCUCAGUACUGACCACAUUGGACCUUCUGUGACGCACCCCCCACAUCACAACUUCAGCAUCAACUGGUGUCUUGGAGAUAAGGACAUUGAAGUUCUGGACAGCAGCAAGGGCAUUGCUGUUGAGGGCUCUCCAUAUGUGAGUGGUCCCAGCUUCUCAAGCAGACUUUGCAAGAGAGCCCUCUACAGUUACUUCCAACAAGUUGCACAGCUGGGUGAGCACAGCUACCUGCUGGAGCUUCCCACCUACCACAGUGUCAAGAUGGAAGCUGUUGUGUACCAAACAGUUAAAGAUCUGGUCAAAGAACAUUUCCUGAACUUCCAAGCCGGACCCUGGAAUUCAAAAAAAUCAGUGGAUUGCUUCAGUGCCUGAACACUCACAGAAAGACGAGUUAUCUAAACGUUUGUAAAAGUUCAUUGUUCAUAUUUCAGUUUUUGUAAUU